CUGGAUGCCUAAAUGUGGCGCGGUUGGGGCCUGACGGCAUUAAACCGCUGUCGCUGAAAUGUGACGUCCUCUUUCCAAAGUACCCGAGAGAAGGAUAGGAACUUUAGGUCCGCCAUCCAUCGCAAAUCUACAAUGGCCGAGGAAGGCACUGCUGCCGGAGGUGUGAUGGAUGUCAACACCGCUCUCCCUGAAGUGCUCAAGACCGCUCUCAUCCACGAUGGCCUUGCCCGCGGUAUCCGUGAGGCUGCCAAGGCCCUGGACAAGCGUCAGGCCCAUCUCUGUGUCCUGGCAGCCAACUGUGAUGAGCCCAUGUACGUCAAGCUGGUGGAGGCCCUCUGCGCUGAGCAUCAGAUUAAUCUGAUCAAGGUUGACGACAACAAGAAGCUCGGUGAGUGGGUUGGUCUGUGCAAGAUCGACCGUGAGGGCAAACCCCGCAAGGUGGUGGGCUGCAGCUGUGUUGUUGUCAAGGAUUAUGGCAAAGAGUCUCAAGCUAAGGAUGUGAUUGAGGAAUACUUCAAAGCCAAGAAAUGAGAUGUGAAUAAAAUGUGGAAAUAAAA